AGCGCUCUGCAAGCGCGCAGGAGCUGGCGUUCCCAAGGCCGGCUUGCUGCAGCUGAGGAGACAACACUCAUAGACCCCCUUUGAUUAGGAUGUGUCAGUGUUGUCAGGGCAACUGUUAACAGCAGCGUAUCAUAUUUUCUUCUCUUGUGUUGCGUGCUGAAUAUUUUAGUCUGCUGUAGCUGGAAGAGGCUUGCAGGAGGAAGGUGCUGCAGCAAGGAACCCAGAGCUGUGGGCUGGGAGCUGAUUGAACAGGUUAAGACAGUGACGAGCAGCAUCCAAACCAAAGUGCCUUUAAUUAGGGCUUUUCUUGAAGGUGGGGAAAGACUUGCAAGCCUUUUGCUGCCGACUGGAUGUUGGUAUUUGUCAGCUGUUUGCAUACUGCUUAUCCAUAGGGGAUCUAUUACAAGUGCUCAAAUGAGCAGGCAGUGUUGCAGCUAGCGGCUGAGUAGGUGCUGGAGUUUCUUACUUUUUUUUCUUAAUAAGCAAGAGGCAACAGCAACAUGUCUGGUUCAGCUACUGCCCUACGACAAGAGAGACUGAAGAUAAGUGCCAGGACAAAUCCCCUGGGUUUAUUCACCAUUAACGAAGAGGAUGAGCAGCAAAAGAAUGAGAAUUCCAAAAGACUGAAAGCAGCUGAAGGUUCCAAAAUACAAGACAAGAAAGGCACUUCAGGACAAAGCAACACUGGAACUAAACCAGAUCAUCCAACAAUACUAAAGGUUGAUGACAGGCAACGGCUUGCUAGAGAACGGAGGGAAGAACGAGAAAAACAACUAGCUGCAAGAGAAUCAGUCUGGUUAGAAAGAGAAGAGAGAGCCCGGCAACAUUAUGAAAAACACUUAGAGGAACGCAGGAAGAAGCUAGAAGAGCAAAGAUUAAAGGAAGAGAGAAGGCGAGCUGCCGUAGAGGAAAAGCGAAGGCAGAGAUUAGAAGAAGAUAAGGAACGACAUGAAGCUGUUGUACGUCGCACAAUUGAAAGAAGCCAGAAGCCAAAACAAAAGCAAAACAGGUGGUCCUGGGGAGGAGCACUACAUAGCCGCAUUAAUAACACAGAUCCAGACAGGCGGUCUGUUUCAACAAUGAACCUUUCGAAACAUGUUGAUCCAGUCAUUAACAAGCGGCUCUCCUCCUCAUCUGCAACAUUACUAAAUUCUCCAGACAGAGCUCGCCGCCUACAGCUCAGUCCAUGGGAGAGCAGCAUUGUUAGCAGGCUCCUGACGCCCACUCACUCCUUCCUGGCCCGAAGUAAAAGCACCGCUGCACUGUCUGGAGAUGCAGUUAUCCCCAUUUGUCCCCGUUCAGCAUCUUGCAGUCCCAUCAGUCCUCUGUCCUACAAGGCCAUGAGCUGUAGGAAUCCAGGAGACCGAGCAAAACUUUAUGCCUCUACUGAUGCUGUUGGACAUAGGAGAACAACGCAUCGUGCAGGGACUGACAAAAAAGAAAAAGAGAGAGACCAUUUGUCAUCCAGCUUCUCAGCCAGCUUUAAAGGAGGUCAUUUUUCUUCCAACCCCAAAGCUAGAUCACCAGCUCCCUCUCCAGUUUGGCAUGCAUCAAAGUCUCUGCCUUUUUUGCCUGGCACACCUAAGCAGAUAAAUUCCCCGCCUGGUUCCUCCAAAGUUUCCUCUGCUCAGGCACGUCCUCCUUCUCCUGGCAACAUCCGGCCAGUCAAAAAAGACGUCAAACCAGAAAGUGAGAAGAAAAGAUCAGAAAAGGAGGCUGAAAAGGCCAAUGAGGAGAGGACAGAAGAGAGUAAAGGAGCUUCAGCAAGUACUGGCGAAUCUGCAAGUCGAGAAGAGCUUGCUGAGCUCACUCAAGCAGCCAUCCCAUCCCUACCUCCUGCUCCACCAGCUCUUUCUCCACCCCCAGCCCCCACAAAGACCUCUGCAGGUACAACUGACCCUGAAGAAGCAACAAGGCUACUGACUGAGAAGAGGCGCCUUGCCCGUGAGCAGCGGGAACGGGAGGAGCAAGAGAGGAGGGAGAGAGAAGAGCUUGAAAGGCAAAAGAAGGAGGAGCUGUCACAGAGGAUAGCAGAAGAAAGAGCUCGCCGAGAAGAGGAAGAAGCUCGCAGACAGGAAGCAGAAAGAAAACGAAGGGACGCAGAAGAGGAACGGGAAAAGGAAGAACGGCUGCGCCGACAGGCAGAGGAGAGAGAACAGAAGGAGAAAGAAGAGAUGGAGCGCAUUCAGAAACAAAAAGAAGAGGAAGCUCGCCAGCGGGAAGAGGCAGAGCGGAUUCGAUUAGAACGUGAAAAGCAUUUCCAAAGAGAAGAGCAAGAGCGCUUGGAAAGGAAGAAGAGGCUUGAGGAGAUCAUGAAGAGAACUAGGCGUGUAGAAGCUGUAGAUAAGAAAACCAGUGACCAGCAAAAUGGACAUAUAUCAAAGGCAAAUAUUACUGGAGAAACAGUCAUAACAAGUCCUGCAUCUCCCUCGGAACCUGCAGGAGGACCUCAGCUUCAGCAUGCAACGCCAUCUCCCCACAACGGGAAACCAGUCACCUGCACGCGUGUGAUCGUCUCACAUCAACCCUCUGUAAAUAUGGACAGCAAUCUCAAUCCAGAGAAAAAUGCAAAUGAAAAUGGAAUGUCUAUGCAGAAUGAUAACUUUGAAGAGAUCAUAAACCUGCCUAUCGGUUCUAAACCAUCCCGGCUGGAUGCCAUGAACAAUGAUGGAAGCAAUAGUCCUCAAAUUCCUUUGAAUCCAAUUUUAGCCUUUGAAGAUCAGGGGACUCUUUUGCCUCAGGUAGAUAGUGUUCAAACACAUCAAACAGCAGGUAGGUCCACCUUGGUUCAUUAACACUUGUAAUGUUUUGUAAUUGACAGAGGACCCGGAGCUCUUAAUUGAUACAAGUUGAUUAAUUUAAGCAUUUUUAAACCCCAUACUAUUUGGUGAAAGGAGCAUGUUUCCUCUUUGUAAAGCUGUGCACACCAAGUACAUAGAGAUGCUGUGCAAAUUAUGGUGAGGUCUCACCUUUUCUUUGAGGAGGGGCUGCUUAGUUACACUUUCUUUUCUGCCUUUUGAAGUUGCUCGGAAAUGCUUGCCCUGUGCUUUUGAACAGAGACAACUGCUGUUCCAUGUUCUGCAGGUGUAAUAUCUGACACACCUGGGCAGAAGGGGAGGGGGUAUCUGCCUUCUAUGUGAAAUCCUGGCUGUACUUCCCUCCUCAAAUUCUUGCUGACAUUAAUAUUGAGGGAUGGUUUGCAGCACACUAGGUUUUUCUGAAUUACAUCACAACUUUUAAAGGAUGUUAGAUAAUCAAAAGCUACCACAGCAAAUGAAAUUGAUUUACUGUUGUCUUUUUCUCUGGCUAAAAAUGUAAGGAAAAUCAUCUUACAAUAAUGUAAGUGCAUAAACUACUAGCAUUUUGAAGUAAGCAUUUUCCCUCUUUACUGAUAUCUCAUUUUUGAUACCUUCUGUUGUAGAAGUGAUCUGAUUGUUUCUUCUGAAGAACCAAAGGUGACAGGAGCAUCUCUGCAGUCAGUGGAGUUUCUUCCAAGCUAUGAAGGAGCGUUUUAUUUUUUUCUCUCCAGUUUUUUAAAGAUUUCUUGAAUAUCUUUUUUGGAAGGACUUUAGUAAAACCAGCAGAAGAAAUGAUGGGAAUAGACUUGGAUCACCUUUCUAAUAGCUUUCACCACUAGAAAAAAUCAUGCUUCACAUGCAUUACUUAAUAUGGCUUUUUCCAGCAAGCUUUUUCUGUUAGUACAUGGAUAUUUCUGCAUUCCUUAAGACACAGGACACUGGAAUCUGAAAGCAAUGGGCUGAUUUGGGUGGUGGGUCUGAUUCUUUUUUUUAAAAAGGUGGGUGUUGGUUUAAAAGGCAUAAUUGUAAAAUUGGCAAAGAAUCUUUUACACUUUGUGGUUCUAAUACUUGAAAAAUAAAUACCUCGUUGCUCUACAAGUAGAGUUAAUGGGGUGUUCUAUUUAAACCUGUUGGUUUAAAUAUUAUUGCAGAGAACUCUAAUUAUGGGGGCAAACUAUAGGCUUCUGUAUCAGGUUCUUGUAAAUGUAAUUCCUACAGGGACAUUCUGUAAAUUGAGAUGUCACUAUGAUCUUCUUGCAUUUUCUCUAAAAACACAAAACAAGGCAGGUUUUAAAAUGUGAAAAUUUGAAAGCGUUAUUUUUUCAUGGACAAGAGGAAAACCUAUUGUUCUCCUAGAUGAUGUAUUUAUGAAUUUUGUUCAGUAAAGAAAUAAAUCGUUUAAUUGAAUAAAUUAGAAAAAUGUGGCAAAAUGAUACUGCAAACUUGAUUUUUUUAGUUACAUCCAUGUUCUCAAUACUAUAAACGAUGUGCAUGCAUAGGCGCACACACAAGGAAAUACCUUGUUUUGAGUCCUGCAAAUUGCUGCUGUUCCCAACGGUGGAAGACUUUUCCUUUGCCUUAUCAGACUACUGAAGCCUGUGGGAAACCUGAAAUGUUUGAUUUUUGGAUAAUGAAGCAGGUUUGUUUCAGGAUAUUUUUGGGUUUGCUCGUUUCAGAGCAAAUGGAAAAUGGUUAUUGUGCUUUUUGUCAUGUGAUUUUUAUGAAGUAGUGCAGUGAUAAGAGCAGCAGUGCAGGUUGCUCCCUCUUUAGUUUGAUGCCAAUUUCUACUCUCGUCAUUCCACCCCUUGCUUUUGGUUGCUAUUGGGCAGAACUGUAAAGUCUUGCACCUUCUUGUGCUUUGGUAAACAGCACUGCUACAGGUAAUAGGUAGAGCUCAGUCUAGCUAUUUGAGUGUAAAGCACCAACCAGGGCUUGACAUGCUGCUCGCUGAAGUCAGUGAGGAGAUCCUUGGCUAGGGGAAAUGGAGGUUUAUGGGGUCUCAGUUCAUGCUCCCAGAGAAUGUCUCAUUAAGAUUCCUGCACUUGCCUUUGGUGAGCACUGAGCUCAGCCUCUAGGAAGCUGUGCAGAAAGUCUGUGCUAGCAGAGGAAAUCCUCUGAGACAAAAGCCGAAGAAUUUUUGAAGAAGUUACUUUCUGCUGCUGGCAAGUGUUCUUUCAUAUAGGAGAUGGGAUAAAAACAAUAGAAAUGCAAUGGAAGAGACUUCAUCUGUCAGAAUGUAUGUGGAAGGGAAAAAGCAGCCAUUCAGUCAGAAUACUUUCAAUAGUAGCUUGUGACAUGGUAAAACAAACUGGGUUCCUUUCUUGCUUUCUUUAGUUUUCCAUGUACAUAGCCACAAUAUUUUGAAGUGUCCAAAAUAUGUAGUUUUCUUUAAACUUAUAUAUAGCAUGUAAGUACCAAAUAAAACUUGUUUGAACUAA